UGGAAACUGCUCUGCAAAAGAAGAUAUCUGAAAUGGCUCCCAACAUGACCUGCGAGACUCUCCAGUCUUUUCCCCCACGAAUGACUGUGGCCAAAAGGAAGGAGGCUCUGGAACUCAGAAAGACUAUGAAACCGUUGAUGGAAAAAAGAAGGCGGGCUCGUAUUAACGAAAGCCUGGACCACUUGAAAAACCUGAUCCUGCCCCUCACCGGCAGAGAUAAGAGUCGCUAUUCCAAGCUCGAAAAAGCCGACAUCCUUGAAAUGACCGUGAGGUUUCUCAACGAUAUUCCUCCUGUCAGCACCAAAACUUCUGCAGACAGUUACCGAGAGGGUUACAAAGCCUGCAUCCAGCGCGUCACCGCGCUGCUUCCCAAAACCAGCCUGGAUCAGAACACGUGCCAGCGCGUUACUGACUUCGCUCAGCGAUCCAUGUCCAGCAUCGUCAACCCAACAUGCCUCAACUGCUGCGCACAGGGCUCUCGGACUCUCCCGCUGAUCCAGCAGAAACUCCUGAGCCUUCAGUCCAGCUUCAGCACCAGACCUGAGUGCCAAACCCGCGCUGCGGCUCCGAGGCAAGCUGAUCAGCAGGUCUUCAGCGCCCCCAUGUGGAGGCCCUGGUAGACUCCAGCAUAUAUAGAACAAUUACAUCGCAUCCGUUGUAAAUACACGGUGAUUCAUUUCUGUUCAUGAAAUGCAAGAUUUACUUGUUAAAUCGCACAAGUUGGGUGCUGUGCACUCCGUUUUCGCGCGAGUCUGUUGUCGUUUCUAAGUUGACAAGUUUAGACGUCGUAUUUUUUAAGAAUCUGCAUGUAUGUAUCCGGUUAAUAUUUAGUCUUCGCGCAAGACUAAGUGGAAAGGGCCAAGGAAACAGCCCUGUAAGACCCAAGGGGUCAGUGUUUGUAUGAAUUUGCACGGUAGACUUCAGAGUGACUGAGUCUGUGCGGAUUGACUGUAAACGCUUUGCGCGCCACUGCUGGUAUCUCUGUUGAGAUAUGAUCUGUUUUUGCUGUUUGAAGCAAAAUGUGUAAA